GCCGUUCCUUCACCUCAGCACCGCCGCCUCUGCCUCGUCAGUUGCCGGCUCCGGGCAGCGAAGCGGGUUCUCUGCCGGCGAACAGCGCAGGAUGUCGGCCACGCUGUACCUGCUGUCCACGCUGGGGGGUUACGUCCUCACCUCAGCGCUUCUCCUCAAGUGCCCGGGGCUGCUUCACCGGCCCAAGCGGCAGCGGUUCCGCUGCCGGCACAUCUCCCACCGCGGCGGUGCUGGAGAGAAUCUGGAGAACACGAUGGCAGCCUUUCACCAUGCAGUUAAUAUAGGAACAGACAUGUUGGAGCUGGAUUGUCACCUGACAAAGGAUGAGCAAGUGGUUGUGUCCCAUGAUGAGAACCUGAAGAGAUCAACAGGAGUCGAUGUCAAUAUAUCCGACCUCAAAUACUCCGAGCUUCCACCAUAUCUCUGCAAGUUGGAUGUCACAUUUCAGAAAGAAUGUCACUGUGAGGGAAAAGAUAACCGUAUUCCUCUCCUGAAAGAGGUGUUUGAGGCAUUUCCACAAACUCCUGUCAACAUUGACAUCAAAGUGAACAACAAUGUGUUGAUCAAAAAGGUUUCAGAGCUGGUGAGUCAGUAUAAACGAGAGCAUUUGACGGUAUGGGGGAAUGUCAAUUACGAGGUUGUAUCAAAGUGUCUUAAGGAGAAUGCUGAUAUUCCCAUCAUCUUCUGUUUGCAACGUGUCCUCCUGCUUCUUGGCCUGUUCUACACUGGUCUGCUGCCAUUCAUUCCUUUCAAGGAAGAAUUCUUGGAAAUUCCUAUGCCUUCCAUCAUCCUCAAGCUGAAAGAACCACAGAAGAUGUCAAGAAGCCAGAAAUUUAUUAUCUGGCUAGCUGACACACUGCUAAUGAGGAAAGCUCUUUUUGACCACCUCACUGCUCGGGGCAUUCAGGUGUAUAUUUGGGUACUGAAUGAAGAACAAGAAUACAAGAGGGCGUUUGAUCUUGGAGCAACUGGAGUCAUGACAGACUAUCCAACAAAGCUCAAGGAGUUUUUACACAAUUAUCCAGCGUAAGGAAAGAAAAACAAGGAAGACCUUGCAGAAUAGAUUCAGCCAAGGAAUGUCAUCAGAAUAAUUGAGCAACGUACGCAAAUCAUUUUGUCUGAAAGAUAUAACUGGGUGAUCCUUGACCUUGUUGUCAGGUUGCUACAUAAUGUAAAGGUUGUCUAUUUAUUUUAAAACUUUAAUUGCAUAGUUUACGUUUGUAAAUAGAUCAUUUAGCAAAGGUGCACUUCACUAAUAGUUACGGUUAAGAAGAAAGUUGCUGGAUAGGAUACCUGUAGAUAAUAAGUGUUAUUUUACCUGUCACACUGUCACGAGUGUUCCUAAGCAGAUGUAAAGACUUGUCAAUUACUCCAGUUACAUUCUAGUGUGCAGAAACUAAAGAACUCUUGAAAGUGUACCCUUGUGUAUAUAUUGCUUGUGUUGCUUUUAAUUUUCAGAUAACUUGUAGGGAAAAAAAAUGCACAGGAGAAAUAGACGGCAGGAUCUGUGGAUGGCCAGUUAGUUUAACCUGUCAAGUGUAGUCAGUAAAGACAGUCACUUGCUCAGUGUAGAUUUACUUAGCUGUUCUUACUGAUAAGAACAUUGAGCUCGAGUUGUGGCUGUAUUUAGACCACUUUUUGAUGUGAUGGUAAUACUGUGACUUACCGGUCAAGGUCUAGGUACAGAAUUUAAGCCAGCUUCUGGGUUUAACGCUGAGUUCCAGUGCAAGGCUCUAGGAUGGCCCCUGGUUCUGACCUGCCUGUCAGGCUGCCAUGGCAUGGUAGCAGCUCGCUUCUCAGAAAGGAGAAUUACACUAAAUAUAGAUUACACGUACUUUGAAAUAGUCUUUUCACAGAGGAAGCCAAUGUUUUAGAAGUCUUUUGCACUUUAAUAGUUUUAACAUCUGUUGGCUUGAUGAAUGGGAAGUUGUUUUCAGGGUGAGGGACCAAAGACGACUUUGUUUGGUCAGGAGUUUUAGGAACAACGUAAGGUUUGUUUUAAAUGAAUUCACCCAAAUCAGAUUCAUGUAUGUACUGCUACAGGAGCAGGUGUCAGUCUAGGAUGUGUGUAAAUUUUAGUCCUUUCUCUCCACAAAAGUACAUUCAAUGUUCCUGAAGUUUAUGGGCAUGGAUGCAGGAGUAACUUUAGCAGCAGAAGCCAGGAAUCCCCAGGUAUUAUGGAAUGGGGAUGGAUAGGAAUGUAUUUCUGGAAGCUGAACGCUGUUCUGUCACUGUGAACAGAUGCUAUGUGUGUGUCAAACAGAUUUGAGCCUGCAAUGCCUGUGUGUUUUGGUGUUAUGUUAGUGUUAGGGUUUUUCGGAAAGAAUUUACCUAUUUUAGCUUAAUUAAUCACAAUGAUGUAUUCACAAAGCUCAGUCAUUUAAUCAUCAGAUACUGCUGGAACAAAACUAUUGUUUAGUGAUAUCAUAUACUUCUUAGACAAACUUCACUUUAAAAGGAUCUAAUUUAAUAAUAAAUAUGAUAGCCAGAAACAAGAGUAUAUUUACUGCAAGAUAUACUCCUUAUUAUAAAUUUUUUUAAGUAAUUAUUAUUUUUUCCCAUGCUAGUUCAGAUUUGGAAGGGCUCUUGUCUCACUUCAGGGAGACAAGACUCCAACCUAUACCUGUAAUCGUGGAGCAUCUUUGCUAUUUCAUUAUGCCUGUCUGUGCUGGAAUGUCAAGUCCAUCUGGAUGGAUAAUCACAUUUGUGUGAUGUCCGUUUAAGGAAAGGGAAAUUCCUUCCUAUAUUUUUUUUCUACUCAUUUUUUUUGCUAUCAAAUUUCCAAUGCACACACCUUCAUAAAGAUGCAAAUAUAACUCUGGUUUCAGAGAACGCUACCAAAUAGCGCUUAGAUGUUAAAACUUCUUUUAGGAUAGGAAAAGCUGAAUCUUAAAGUGCCACUCUUGAGUUCUGGACUUGAUGUCUCAAGGGACGCAUGAUGAUUUAGUUUCUCUCUCAAGUUUUCCUCAUCACUGCCUAAGUAAACUAUUUUGCUUUAUCCUAUAUUGAAUGACAGAACAGUUAUUAAAAUAUGGAUUUAAUUUUAUUAUUUCAUUAUAAUCUUCUGCCUAUUUCACUCUAGCAGUGGUGUUGGAAAUUUCUGCCGUCAAAGAUGCUCAACACGUUCUUCAACCACUAGUCUUCCUACGUCCGAUGUAGCUUUUGACUACACGUGACCUCUCUGAUAAAUCUACUACUUAAUAUCUGAAAUUUGAGUAAGUUCCAGCUAUGUGGGAGGGAGGGGCACAGUGCUGGAAAACUGCCAAAUUUAUUCAGUCACCCGUUUGAAUUCCAGUACAAGAGCUAAAAUCUGAUCUUUUGAGACAAAUAAUGUAAGGAUGAAGCCAUGAAUCUGAGCACCCGUUCACAGGGUUUGGGCCAUGGUAACUGUCCAUAACAAAACAAUACGGAAUUGAGGGAACCGUAGAAUGUUUAUUCUAUCAAAUCAUUGUUUUGAAUGUUCUAGAACAUGCUGUGUGAUUUUUUUUUUUUUUUUAUUAAACCCUUUGUACAGAAAAGCACUUGUUGAUCUUGCACAGCUGUCCAGGAGGAUGUUCAGUUAAUCCCUCUCUCCAAGGAGAGAGUUUUUUUUUUCUUCAGGUAAUUUUAUCUCUAAGUAUUGUUUAACACUUACUGUGUUCUCAAUCCUGUUGCAGAAUACUGUAUGUACGAAGGAUGAUGCAUGUAUUCCAUGCACUUUUAAUUUGCAGAAAAUGCUGUGGACCUCUCUAGCUCAAAAUCUAUGAAGUGAUUUUUUUUCUUUUCUUGUAAAGAAAGAUUGAUGCUCUUGAAAUGUGACACGUUCAAACAUCUUUGCUCAUAAAAGAUCUAAAACUAAA